AAACACUGAAACCUCUCCUUUCUUCCUUGCUUGCUCUUUUCUCCGUCGUCGUCUUCCUCCUCCUCCUCUCUCUCUCUCUCUCCCAAUUUCUUCUUGUCUUUAGAGAUUAGAGAUCUCCCUGUCUAAAGUAAAAUCUCAGAGAGAGAAUCCUAGUCUGCAUUUCUGGCUCUCAUACUAGUAACAUCCCCCCCCCCCCCCCCGGAUCUAGCUCCCUCUCAACAUGUUUUCCCCGGAGACCUUUUCUUCCGAUUUCGACUGACUCUUCGUUCUAAUAAUUAUGAACAGAUUUCGACUCGCCGACCUUACUUCUCCAGAUCCAUUACCUUCUUCUCCUCAAGGAAAGAAGAAACAGAGUCAGAAACUCAAAUCUCCAAGGUCUUCUUCUUCUUCUGAAUUCAACUCUUGUCUCUGUGAAGCUUUGAGUGAAAACAAGCAAGAUUUUGCUACCGGAGUGCCCAUGAAAAGUUUGUUGGCACAAGAAAUGUCUAAGCAAAAAGAAUCUAAAAAGAGAUCACCAAGCAUUAUUGCCAGAUUGAUGGGUCUCGAUGUUUUGCCUGCUCAGAGUUCUUCAUACAGGCAGCAAAAGUCUAUGGAGAAUCUGCAAGGCAGGAGUGGUGGAGGCAGUUCUCAUGAUCCUUAUAAUAAAUCUCUUAGAAGGAGCUCAAAGGGUGAGCAAAAGUUUAAAGAUGUUUUCGAAGUUUUGGAUGCAAAGAUGGCAGAGAGCAAGAAUAGAAGCUUAUAUCAUCAGGGGAGGGUGAAUGCUAAUCUAACCCAGGCUGAGAUGGCAUUCAUACGGCAGAAGUUCAUGGAGGCUAAGCGGCUAUCAACAGAUGAUAAACUUCGUCAUUCUAAAGAGUUUAAUGAUGCGCUUGAGGCUCUAGAUUCUAACAAGGACCUCUUACUCAAGUUUCUUCAGCACCCUGAUUCUCUAUUCACAAAGCAUCUGCAGGAUCUUCAAACCAUACCUCACAAGCCACAGUACAGCCAAGCACCAUCCUUGAAGUCGCCAAACAGCCAGAGGUAUGUGGAGAGUCUGAAAACUCAGAAAGAUGAUAGGGACUUGCUGAGGAAGAGUCAUCGUUCGCCUCAUCGACAUGGUGCUGGUGGUGGUAGCUGUGGUAGCCGUUCUCAUACCAGGCAUGUUUCUUAUGACACGAUUGACUUUUCAACCGAGGAGCUGGGAAAGAGAAGUGAGUUGCAGCCAACCAAGAUUGUUGUUCUGAAACCUAACCUCGGGGAGCCACGUUAUGUUGGUAGAACUUUUGCAUCGCCAAGCUCUUCUUCCGAUGAGUUUAGAGCAGAUCGUAGGCUCCCAUGCACCACCAAUCAUGGCAGGCAGAAAAGUAAUGAAGAUGUCCGGCUUUCAAGACAGAAUUCAAGAGAUUCUGGAGAAAUGGCCAAAAUAAUGUCUAGGCAAAGGAAGGUGGGCUGUGGUAAUGGUAAUGCCAUGAGUUUUGAGACUUCAGGAUUUAGAGGAUAUGCAGGCGAUGAAAGCUCAUCAGGGAGUGACUCCGCAAGUGAAUCAGAGUUAGUGCCAGUAACUUCAGGAAAAAGAACCGCCUUUAACCGUAGGAACUACCAUCGAUCUUUGCCUUCCAAAUCAACAACAUCAUCUGUGAGUAGGGAAGCCAAGAGAAGACUGUCAGAGAGAUGGAAGCUGACACACAAGCUUGAACACGAGAUAGAAAUUAGUAGAAGCGGCACAUUAGCUGAAAUGCUUGCAACUUCAGAUAGGGAGGCAAGGCCAGCAAGUUUUAGUGGACUCAGUUUCGAAGAUGGGAUUAGUAAAAGAUUUGAGAACAACAGUCAGUGGUCUGAAUCACCAGAACCGGUUGGAAUCAGCAGUAGGGAUGGUUGGAAAGGAUCCUGCUCAAGAAGUUUUUCAAAAUCCAAAACCAUCAUGAACCAGGAAAGCACUAGUGGUUACACUAUAGUGUUGCCUAAGAGGUUGAUCAAUCGAGAUGGAUUAGUGAAGGGGAAUUCUUCUCAUCAUGGGGAGUCUUUCUUGUCAUGCAAAUCUAGACCUGGAAGUAACAAAUCUCACUCAUCAUACAAUAGUUCACCAGAGGUCAACAUCAGCCCAAGUUUCAGCAAAGUUUUUAAUAUGAACGAAAGGGUUUCAACAGAGAAGCUCUCUCCUUUUAAAGCACGUAGUAGUUCCUCAGUAGAUGCAAAUUCAGACACUGAGGAUAGUUCAGCUUCUGAUGAUACCAAGACAGCAAUGUCUUCUGAAGCUCUAGAUUUGUCAACUGUCACCCCGGUAACUGACCCUGAUAUCUCAAGGAGGACAACUGAGGAUGUGAAUCAAUCUUCAGUUCCUGAACCACAGUCUCGUGAAAGCUCAAAGGAAGGUGAACAACCAAGUCCAGUUUCAGUUCUAGAAGCUUCCUUUGACGAUGAUGUUUCAUCAAGUUCCGAAUGCUUUGAGAGUGUUAGUGCCGAUCUCCAAGGACUCAGGAUGCAACUCCAGCUCCUCAAACUAGAGUCAGCUAGUUACAAUGAAGGUGGCAUGCUAGUUUCGAGUGAUGGAGACACGGAUCAAGAUGAGUCAUCCACAAUAACUGAUGAGACUAUGAUCACCCAUGAGCUCGGAGAAGAAGACUGGAAGUCAUUAUACUUAGUUGAUCUCCUAGCUAACUCCAGGUUCAGUGAGUUAGACCAGAGCAAUAUCAUGGCAACACCUGUCGAUCCAUCCGUGUUCCAGGAUCUUGAGAAGAAGUACUCUAGCGUGAAUACAUCAACCCGGUUAGAAAGGAAGCUCCUUUUCGACCAGAUCAGCAGAGAGCUUAUGCAGAUACUAAAGCAGUUUUUGGAUCCACACCCUUGGGUUAAAUCCACAAGGGUCUUCCGAAAAUGGGAUACAAACAGAAUACAAGAGACUCUGCGGGAUUUAGUCACAAGAAAAGACGAGAAAGCAAGCAAAGAUGACGUGGUGGAGAAGGAGUUGCAGUGGCUAAGCUUAGAAGAUGACAUUGAAAUAAUAGGUAGAGAGAUUGAGGAAAUGCUGACAGAUGAACUCAUAACAGAGCUUGUGGUAGGUGCAAUCUUCUAGAAGUUAAAUAAUGUCUCUAUUACAUAGUUUUAAGUAAAAAAGACCAAAAAAAAAAAAAAAA